GAUCUGACUUUUCUGUCGGAGUCCGAUCCGGCGCUGACCUUCGAACCCGCUCCGGCAGGAGCACAGUACUCCAUGGGUGAGCUGCUUCGGAUGGUCGAGGAUGAGGAGAGUAUCGAUCCCCAGCAGCUCUGGAUGCUGUCAACACACAUGAGGAGUGAGCGCGGUGGAGAUUGGCACAUGGCCCGCGUCGAGAACCUCACCUGGCGACUGAGAAACAUGUGGAGCAAGCUGGGGCAGGAGGCGAAGAGGAAGGCCUUGGUGGAGCAGCUUCUGAAGAUCCUCGAGAA